AGGAGCAGCUGAUUGAAGUCCUGUCCCAGAAAGGAAGGGCGGGGAAGUGGACGGAGCCGGGCCGAUGACAUGAGGCCGCCUCGCCGGCGACGCUGGACUUUAGCCGGUGCCGGACCUUCCGCCUCACGACACCAUGUUCCGCCGCGCCAGAUUUAGCGUGAAGCCCAAUGUCCGGCCGAAUGCUGCAGGGAGAGGCGGGAAUAGUGGAGGCAGCACGAGCUCAGUUGUCCCGGCGGUCGCCACUGCCGCCGCCACCACAGAUGCCGACGGUCAACAUGACUCGGCACCGACCACCCGGUCUUCUACGGUCGAGGACAGUUCGAUGCCCCAUCCCGGUGACGCUGCCGCCUCUGGAGAUCUUCACCUGAGCGGGGACAGUAGUAACAAUAGUAGCAGAAAUGAAAAGACCAGUGAUGAAAGUGGAGAUGGAGACUGCAGGAAAAAUGUUGAAGGAUUUCCACAGAGAAGAAAACGGAUAUCCACUAUGCCUAACCUUAUAAAACCAAAAAUUGUACCUCCGCCUCCUCCCACUGUUGAUUUAUCAUCAAAAUGCUCUCAAAAACAAGGACCUCACUCUCCUGCUUUUAGUAACCUUCUGUUUCAAAAAGAAACAUCUUUACCUGAAAAGAUAAAUUUGGAAAGUUCUCCCAAGUCUUCCAUAUUGCCUGAAAAGAAAACUUCUGCUCCUCAAGUGCCACAGUUCUCUCCAUUUAAAAAAUCUGCUAGUAAAGAACCCAGCCCAUGUAUACCAGCUCAAAGAAAUGAUGAAGUCCUUCCGAAGAACACAAGCUCACCCCUCAAAGAAAGACCCACCCAGGAAACACUGAUGGAAGAGGAAACAACACAGACAAAAUCUGCUUCAGUAGAUAAGAAAAAGAUUUGUUCAGAUCGUGUGAAAAUUAUCAAAACUCAGAAGCUAAGGAAGAUGCUUAAAGAAGAAUUGAAUAAAGAGAAAAAACAACGGAAAUUUAAAUAUCCUAUAAUUGAGAAAAGUAUGCCGGAAGAUCGCUCCAAAAUGACUAUGAGAGAUUUUAUUUAUUAUUUGCCUGAAAAUAAUCCUAUGAAGUCUUCAUUCAUUGAAGAGAAGAAAACAGAAAAGACUUCUACAAUGACCCAAGCAAAAGAGCCUGAAGAAAGAAUAGUUGCUGAUCAUGAAGAUGAAAAUGAAGAUGAUGAUGAUGAUGAAGAAGAACAGGGAGGAGGAGGAGGGGAAAAUGAUGGCUCUCUUUUAGUCCCUCGGGUGAAAGUUGCAGAAGAUGGCUCAAUUAUUCUGGAUGAAGAAAGUUUAACUGUAGAGGUUUUCAGGACAAAAGGACAGUGUGUAGUGGAAGAAAAUGAUCCCAUUUUUGAGCGUGGUUCCACAACAACAUAUUCAAGCUUUAGGAAAAGCUAUUAUACUAGACCAUGGUCAGAAAAAGAAACAGACAUGUUUUUCUUAGCAAUAAGUAUGGUAGGAACUGACUUCUCAAUGAUUAGUCAGCUUUUUCCUCACAGAGCAAGAACAGAAAUCAAGAAUAAAUUUAAGCGGGAAGAAAAAGUCAAUGGAUGGAGAAUAGAUAAAGCAUUUAAAGAAAAAAGGCCUUUUGACUUCAGUUUUUUUACAAAACUCCUUGAGAAGGUCCUGGAAAAUGAGAGGAAGAAGAAAGAUAAAGAUGCUGCAUGUCAGCAACAAAAAGAAAAAAAUUCCAAUAAGAGAAAUACACCGAGAUCUCAGAAAAAGCGAAAAGAUAAAGUUGUAAAUGGACAGUCUAACCAUGGUCCGGAUGAACAUCAGGAUGGUAGAAGUUCUGACAUGGAAAUAGAAGUAGAUGCUGAAACAGCUGAAAAGGAGAAUGAAGAAUCUCCUGGCAUUUUGGAACAGGCAAAAGAGCAAACAGUUAUUGAAUCAACAGUGACAAAAAAGAAAAGGAAAAGAAAGAAAAAAGAUUCUGAACAGGAGACAGACAAUCUUCUUGAAGAAAGAAAUAUUCCAACAGAAAUGAUGGAAGAAAAAAGGACUAGAAAGAAAAGGAAAAAUAUAUCGGCUAAUGAUGAGAUAAGUUGCAUUGGGGAAGUUGGUGAUGAACUGGAAGUCCCUAAUAGAACAAUCCCUGAUGAAACUCUUAUCAUGGAUAAAGAACAACUACAAUGCUUUAUCAGAUUAAAUGAAGAAGCGGAAAAAGACCAUAGUAUUCAAAAAAAUAAACCAGAACAAGAGGAUGUUUCAUCAGUUACAUCUGAGCACAAUGUUGAGCAGCAUUCAGUGUCUCAAAUAACUCCAAAAGAAAAUAUAGAAGAUUUUGAAAAAUCCACUGAAGCCCAGAAUGAAGUAGCUGUAAGAGAUAAACUGGAUAAAAAUCAGAACAUGGUAAAGAAACAAAUAUGUGGUGAAGAAAUCAUGGAAACAGAUAGGGCAAUUCCUGAAAAGCCCACACAGGAGGUGCAGCUGCAGAACUUUGAAUCAGACUUAACAAGAACAUCUGAAAAAAUAGAACCUCUAGCAUCUAACCCAUUAAUUGUUAAAGUUUCUUCUGAGUCACUUGUAGAAAAUAAAGCUGCUUCCAUUUCUGGAUUUACUACAGAGGAAACAUGCAAUGCAAGCAGUGAUGUCAUAAGAGUAACAGAAGAGAGUCAAAAAGCUUUUGUGGGAAAGAUGGAAGUGAGAGGUCGAUGGACAAGACCUAAACCUAAUAUUGGUAACGUGUCUGGAAGAAGAGAAGCAUCUGUUCAAGGCGAGCUCAAGAAGUCUGGAUCUGAUGGUGCAGGCGGGGAGGAAAUUGAGCAGAAUGAUACACCUGGCAUCAACCCAGCUGAGAUUACUAAAACACAUUGCCAGGGCUUGGAUGCAGAAUCUGUGAAUAAGAACCAAUCUACCUCACAAGAAAGUAGCAAGCAAACUGUUCUCAAACCUGCACUAUUAGCAAGGGGACGAUUUCAGAGACCAAAACUGAAUUUAGGAAGGGUUGCUAGAAGGCAAGAAUUACCUGGAAGAAGCACUGAGACAGUAAAAAAACCAAGCGAAGCAGGCACUGAAUUAGCAAGUGAAGCAGUAAUCACUGAAAAGACUGUGAUGCAGACUGAAUGUAAUGAUUGUCAACUUCUAAAUAAUACCACUGAUGCAACAGCUCAUGAAGCUGACACACCACAAUGUGCGGCAUUAGAAAAAAGAACAGUUGUCAGCAAUGAGAAAGUAGGUGGAGCAUAUUCAAACCAAUCUCCUGUGAAGAAGCCAAUAGAGUCUGAAAGUUACACACUACAAAAUGCCUCUUUGUCACUUGAUAUUACAAAGGAUGUGGUAAUUCCUGCCAGCAAAGAUUCCAGUCUUCAGGAAGAAAAAAAAGAUAAUACUGUUGAAAUAGAGCAUUCAUUGGAGAAUUCACAAUCAAGAUGUAAAAAGAACUUAGAUAAUGCAUCAGACAGAGAGGAAUUGUUAAACACAGUACAACCCCAACUGGAUUCUGCAGAAAAGAGUGAAAGUGAAUAUAGUGAGACCUCUAAUCUAAGCGAAGCAGCAAAAUCUAAAACCUUACCAUUUUUAGAAGAAUGUCCUACCAAUGCUAAAGAGGAGGUUGCAACAAAUGAAACCCAUCUGUCUCUUCAGAAUCUUCCAGGAUUUAAGAAUGAUGCAUCAAAUGAGAAGAUUUCACUGGAACCUGAUACCCAGAAAAAAGAAUUAGUUGGCAAACAGAGGUCACAGGAAGAAAGCAAGCAUAGCGAUACUCGAUCAACACCAUUUCUCAGAGGCAGAUUCCAGAGACCCAAACCUAACAUAGGAGGGAUAAUUGGAAGGAAAGAAAAGAGAUCUCUGGAAGGAAAUGGAUUAACAACCACUGGAAAUCUGGAACUACAAAAAUCUGAACCUACCAAAACUCCAUCAAUGACUCAGAUCAACGAUAAAAUUUUACCUGAUGAAAACUUGGAGAGUAGCCUAGAAGACGCCGAGAAAGUAAUUCAGAAAGAUUCUCUAGUGCCUAGUACUGGUCAGAAUAGCUCCAAUCUACAUCUCAGAGAGAAAUCCAAUUUCCAAGGAGAUAAGUCAUCUACAAUCAAGCCUGCUCAGUUGGUAAGAGGGCGAUUCCAGAGAGCCAAAUUUAAUGUUGGAAGGACUAAUUACAAAAACGAAGUACCUGUGUCAGAAGAUAUUAGUGUUCCAAUUGUGGAAGAAGUAAAAGAGAUGGACAUUAGCAAGAAAGAUGAUCUAUAUCUAAUUUCAGAGGAUGAAGUCAUUGUCCAGGCAUCCCCAGAUAAUUUAGAUAGAAAAGAAGGAUCAGAAUCUAUUGAAAGCUCAUCAAAAAGAUGGAUUGAUCAGAAGAAACAUCCUUCUGAGAAAUCAUUGGAAUGUGGUCUUCUGAAAAACCAAGAUGAUGUUAAAAGAAAAAAAAUGGAUGCUCUUGGAAGUGAUACUUUUGACCCUCAAGAAAUAAAUCAUUCAGAAAACAAAAAUACAGCUCUGCUCGUGAUAGGUCAUCUGCAAAAGGUAAAGCCAAAUAUGGCACAAGUUCCUAAAAACACAGAAUCCUCUUUAGAAAGAGAAAAUAGCAAAGGAGAUACAGGAAGAGAUGCAGAAUGUGAUACUUUGUAUGGCAGCAAAUGUGGAAAAACAGCUCAGUUAAGGGGCAGCCCGGUACAUUUGGUGGAAUCUGCAUCAACUUCUGAAUCAAGGAAAGAAAAAAAAUGUACAGAAAACAUCGAAUUAGUAUCCUCAACAAGAAGUAGGCACUUUGGGAAACAUGGUUCAUCAGACCAGCCUUCGGAGAAUGAAACACAAAUUAAAAAAGAAAUCCCUAAGCUGCUUUCUGUCCAAGAGAAAGAAGUGGAAAACUUAAAAGGGAAGCAACCAGGAAGAACAUUAAAGCAGAGGAACAAAAACUAUGAUUCAAAAACAUCUUCCACUUCUGAAUGUGAAAAUGACCAUGGUAGAAAAAUGAAGCCCCAACAAAAAGUUAAACAACAUGUCUUCAAAGGCAGAAAUUUAAAACCAGCCCCUUGUAAAAAACCAAGAAACGGAAAUUCUAAAGUUAAUUUGGUAACCCUUAGAGCUUCUUCACAAGAGGAGGAGGAUGAUGAGGAUGAGGAUGAACCUGAAUCAGAAUAUGAAGCUGAAUUUUUUUCACCGGAAGAAGUAAAUAAAGCCCCUGUGUUUGUUCCUAAAGGGCUUCGAUCUCCAAAUCCUGUUCCUAUGCACAUUGAAGAAACAAUGGAAGAGUUGGAGAUAUAUGAGAAUGUUGCAGAUGAGCCAUGUAUCUCUCAUGAUCUAAAUCUGUCUAUUCAGUCUGUGAUGCAAGAUGAUAGCAAAUUGUAUAUCCCAGCAGUUGAUAUUACACAAGAAGAACAAACAAAAGAAACAGGAAUUAAUGAUGGAAGUGCUGAAGCAGCCAUGACUUUACUUGCUAUGAGAGAGCCAGUGUUUCAGUUACAUACUGAUAUCCAAGGAAAUGAAGUACAAAUGGCAGUCUCUUCAGCAAAUGAACCAAUUCAUUCAAAUAAUACAAAUAAUACAGAAGGUAACAGCAGUAAACCAUCAUAUUCUGAAGAAUGCUUGGAAGAAAAGACAGUUGUGUUACUUCCAGACUCUUCAAAAAAACUACUAGUUUCACCACACAAGACAAAUAAAACUACCACAGAUUUGGAAAAAUCUUCACAGGAAACUAGAGUCUGCAGUACUGUAUCUUUGUGUAAAAGAAAUAAAACACCCAGGCCAGCAAGAUGCAGACUCCCAAAACCUAAACCAAAUCUUAACAGUGGCUCGGUAUCUACUAGGAAUGUUUCUCAAAAACCUCUAAAUCUAAGUUCAGAUAUGGAAGAAUAUAAAGAAAUCCAAAAAGUAACAGAUGACAAAAUUUCAGAAAAAUCUAGAGAAGAGCAGAAAGUUGAAAUGAAUCUCCAAAUGGAUGAGCAGCUUGCUAAAAUCAGCACUAUGGAAAAGUAUGAUUUACAUUCUGAAAGUGCUGGCCCCGCCAUGCAGGAAAAUAAUAUGGAAAGUGGAAACCUGAUACAAGAGAUUAGUGAAAUUGCAUCUGAAUUAACAUCUCCAAAAUGUUCUCAAGAAGCAGUGGCUUGUUUAUCUGAAUCACCAGAUAAUUUCAACAUAAAGAGUAACAUUCACGCUUUUGAGUCUGCUGAACACCAGUUUUCUACAGCUGAAGUUGCACAAUCUGAAGGAAACAAGAAUGCCAGCAUUUCAGCAAUGACAGAGAUGAGUGCAGUAAGAGGGGACAUUAAAGAUUUCGUAGAUACAGAGGAAGAGCCAGAGUUCAUUCUAACACUGGUGGAAAUCUCGCCUGAUUCUGUGGAAUGUAAUAACAUCCCUGCUGCGCUUGCACAUGGUCCUGGGGAAUUGCUUUCUCCACCGAUACUUUUCACCUCAGAUAAUAUGGACUCAUUGGAAUUGACAAGAGAUGAAAGUGUUGAAUCCAUCCAAGCUUCAGUUGAAGAAAGUGUUGCUUCUGUGACGGACCCUACAGAAAGAGAAUUGCAUCCAUCUUCAUCAGAACAAUUAGUAGAUUUGGGUUUGACCCCUAGGAAGAAUUGGAAGAGGUCUUCAAUAUCUAUAGAAGGAAGUAGUGCCUCUGAGAAGAUAAGGCAUACUGUUCCUAUAGAAGAACACCUGGAAAGCUCUGAUAAGGGGACCUCUCUUAAAUUACAGUAUAUAUCAAGAAAAGAUGCUGAAAAAUGUAAUUUUUCAAAGGAAAUAAUGUCACUUACAGAGCUACAAGUGGAGGAAAAAGAGCAGCUCCAGUCUUCCCUGAAUGUAGGGACUGCAUUGCUUGGUGAAACAUAUAGUGAAGCUGAACUCGUGUCAAGAAUGCCAGGUGCAGGAAAAGCAGAAACAAAGAAAGAACAAAGACUCUGUGUAGCUUACAGUUCUGAACAAUCAGAGCAAAUUAGAAAUACAGAAGCCCUUCCAAAAACAUCAUUACCCAGGUCACUUGGAUUUCUACCUUUAAUCUGUAAAAUUAAUACUGAUGAAGAGAUAGCUGAUAAAGAGAACAACAAACCUCCUCAGAAAACCUGUACGCUGAUUUUUGAAAAUACCCCCGAAUGUCCAGCUUCAACUUCCAAAGACAGCAACACAGAGAUUCAGGAAUACAGUUUAUUACCAACAACCAUGCUGUCACCUUCAAAAUAUGAGAGUGGAAGCUGUUCCUCUGUUCAGGUUUUACCUGAGGAAGAGGGUUCUGCUAAGGAACAAGAAAAAGAAGAGCAAAUAAGGAUUUCAGAAUAUUUCUUUCGUGAUAUUUUUAUGGAGGUGGAUGAUUCAGAAUAACCGUAAAGAUUAUGGGAUGCUUGGUUUCUA